GUCAAUGACUGCAAUCCGCCAUAAAAUGAAAAAAGGAGAAGCAGAAGAAGAAACCAGAAUGAGCCGACCUAUCGGUCUGACGGACUACUGAUUGGCUGCCGAGGUCAUGAGAACAGCAGCAUCAGUAAUGUCUGUCAACGGCCUGCUGCGAUGCUGCAUCAGGCUGGAGAGGAAGCAUGUGGCCACACAUUUAGUCCAGCAGAGGACUCUGUCAGGGGCAGAUGCUGUCAAUGCACUCAGACCCUUUUAUUUUGCAGUCCAUCCUGAUUUCUUUGGUCAAUAUCCCAGGGAACGGGAAGUGAAUGAGAAUUCAUUAAAGAGGCUAAAUGGCUACCUGGACAACCUGCAGAAGCCUGGCUCACGCUCAGUCCAGCCAAUGAAGCUCACUUUUUAUGUCAGGGACACAAAGGAUAGCAGCGAUGUGCAGCCAGACCUCCUCACCUCGGGGUUCCGAUCAGUGAGUUUCACCUUGCACACAAACGAUGUCUUGAGCACAGUGAUGAACGUCUUGAAGUCCUGCAGCCUGCCCAUUGAGCACAUGAAUGGACUGAAAGCAAGUGCACAGGCAUCCAAAAGGCCACCUGAGGCGGGGGUGCCUUUUUACAGACCUAUCAAAUGGAAUAAAAGCUACUACACCUUCACUGGCUUUAGAGACCCUGAGCAAGAGCUGCAGCAGGCCAGGAGAGUAGAGCCUGUACUCAGUUUGUGGCUGAGAAACAACGAGCCCGAGGCAACGAAGAAGCACAAUGCCAGUCUUCCUCGGAGAGAAGAGCUGAUCAGACUGAAGAAGGAACUGUGUCACAAAUUUUAUCUGGCUGAUAUCAGGUGGCAGCGCAGCUGGGGAGUGGCCCACAGGUGCUGUCAGCUUCAGAGCCUGAGCCGACUGUCUCAGCAGAACCCAGAGGCCCUGAUCAACCUACAAGGACACACUAUUGUGUUUGCUGACCAGUCAGGGAUGAACGCCUCUGGACACGUCAUGCUGGGAACCAUGGACGUCCAUCACCAGUGGACCAAGCUGUUUGAUCAGCUGUCCAGCUAUCGCAGCCUGCUGCAGCAGACGGAGUGGCUGAAGGAGAGGAUCAGCCUUCUCCUGGGCGGAACUCAAGUGAUCCACAUGGAGAGGCUGGGACCGGUCCAGCCCAUUGCCGAGCACUACAGCACCCUCAGCACCUUCCACAAGAGCUUGGUGUCCCGACGCCUUCGCCUGCACCCCAGGAGCCUGCAGGGCCUCACCAUGUUGUUGGAGAAUGACCGCUCUAACCCCAGUCUUCAUGAGAUGGGGCACUUCAUUGUCCCCACCAACUGUGACCCUCCAAAGCUGCAGGUCUUCCUUCAGAGCCACGCCCCAGAGGCCAGACUGCGCACCCAACGCAAAAACCAGCUGCAGGGGGAGGAAGAUGCUGUGGUGAAGCUGUGUCUCCAAAACCUGUCUUUGAGGAGUCUGUCCAAGGAGCCCAGUGUCAGUUCUAGCCAGAUGAUCCUGUGCUGUAAAAGACUGGUGGAGCAGAGUUCCCCCCUCAUGCAGGGCCUCCACAUCUGUGUUUCUCACUUCUACUCGGUCAUGCAGGAUGGGGACCUAUGUGUCCCCUGGGACUGGAAGAACUGAGCAGGAGGGACACGGUCCCAAGCUGCAGGAUUCUCAGGCAGUCCAAGGGUCGGAAAGAAGUAUUUUUUAAUGUUGUUCAGGCAGCAAAUAGGCAGGUUCCACAGGAUCAUUUGGUAGAUGUCAGGUCAGGUGAUCACAACAGAUUUUAUAUGUUAGUUCUCACAGGGGACUUUUUGAGAAAAAAAAGGCUCAUCUUACAAGAAGCACUUUAUACUCUUGCUGGAAAAGCCAUAUAGAAGAAUGGAUGACCAGCGGAGCUCAGUGGUUCACAACUGGGAAACCAGGAAAAUUAUUCACAAGAAAGGGAAGAUAAGGAAAAACAUUCUGCUGCAUAAAAUGUUAUUUUUUAAUUUUCCCAAAUGUUGCCAUUUCUUCUGAAAAUCUUUCUUCUUAAGUAAUCGAAAAGGAAAGUCUGAGAACCAAAUAGUCUUGGGUUGACCCAUGAUAAUGGGUGUGGGAGCCAGUGGAAGUGGUGUAGUACGACUAAAGCUUUCUUCAGGAUAUGGUUGAGACCUUGAGAUGUGCAUGGUUAGACUAAGUCAGUCUUUUUUGUUACUGUGUGGAGAAAUAAUUCAAUAAUGGUUCUGCUAAAGGCACAAUCUGUGACUAAAUGUAAACUAAUAUAGUCCCCAAACCACCAACAUUCAACACACACAUUUAGAACCUGUUAUCACUCUGAUUGACAGUAGACAGGCGAAAGAGUGAACAAGUACAACCACGUCCAUACUGUGAACAUCUGCUGUCAUAGCAACAGUGUAAGGAACAAUCCCGUUAUAAUACAGUAUAGAAUAGAGGAUUUCUGUUAUUAGCCAUAAUUUCGUAACCAUCCAAGCUAGACGAGCUACGAGAUUGUGAAACAAUGGUAUAUUCCUCCAUAGGAGCCAUAACUCAUAUGAUAUCAACCCUGCUUUAAGAAAAACUUGAGAUACUACAGUACCCACAACCCAAAAGUGUAACAGCGAUGUCUCUGAUAGGUAGAGCUAGCUGUUAGCAUGGAAAUGUCUGAUGAGUUACUUUUUACAAAAAAUGUAUUUACACACUACAAAAGGUUUAGCUGCUAGCACUGUACAAUGUAUUGCAACACUUUUAUUCACAGUAUAAACACUAAUAAUGAGAAAUGUGAAAUUGAAGGAGAAGUGUGCCACUAUUGUUAUCAUUUGCAGUAGUUCAUGGGAUGAGUAGUUCCUUCACUCUUAAAAUAAUUAUGCAUUG